UACAUGUUCUUACAUCGGCCAAUCACGGCUGCGUUUACGGCGAAGAGCGCGACCGAGACGCCGUCGUCGCUUUCCCCCGCUUUCUCCUGUCGCCGCUGGCGCGCACAGCUUGCAAGCGAAGGAAGCGAGCCCCGAGUAGCUUGCUUGUGAUGGUGUGGGUCUUCGCGGCAAUCUCUUCGUGACAUGAAUAGUCGCGGCUGCUGCUGCCGUUGUUGUGGUCGUUCGUCGUCUUCGUCGGUCCCCGUGUCGGAUCUACUAACCGCGACUGUUGUGCUGCCGCUGCAUCGUCCGUGCGCGCCGUGGUGAUAUAUUCCGCGAACCCGGCGACGACCGCUGCUGUGGCGUUGUUUCUCGUGGCGUGGUGGUGACGCGGUUUCUUUUUGCUGCCUCUGGUGAUGGUGCAGUGAACAGACAACACUGCGACGAAGACGCGCAUUUGUGCUACCCCCCCAUCCCCUUCCCUGCCUACUCCGCUUAUUUUCUCCGAGCACUUCUUCUUUUUAUUUUUAUUUUGCUCCCCGUUCUGUCCCUCAGCUGUCCGUGGCGGUUUCAAGAGAUUCCAACCCCGCCUCGUGCGCGUAUGUGUGUGUGAGCUAGCACGCCUAGAUUUCCGACCCCGACUACUGCUUCACUCCGGGCUCCAAACGCCGGCCUGGCGUCGUCACCAUGAAGAAGCAAAUCCUACGAGUCAAGCAACUAGCUGACCAGACGCUUCUUGGAGCGGACAAGAGCGAUGUGCUGACCGAAGACCUGAUCCAGGCCGAGAAGAGGGUGGACAGCAUUAAGCACACCUGUGCCUGCACUCACAAGCGCAUCCUCUCCUGCCUGCAUCAUGUCUCUCUCGAGGACAAUGAGAAGCUGCAGAAAAAGGUACCAGAGUUGGCCCUGUUCCACAGUCUCCAGGAGUGUCACAAGAAUAUCGGCAGCCAGACACUGCUUGGACAAGUGCUGUCCGACUGUGCCGGCCUCCAGCAACGGCUGGGCCAGGAGCUGCUCAACUAUGAGCGCGAGACCGACCGGCAGGUGCUGCAGCCCACCAACCAGCUUCUCGAGACGGACCUGCCCAACAUCUCCAAGCUGCGGAGGCAGUUGUCCAAGCUGACACUGGACAUGGAUGCUGCAAAAAACAGGUACCAGACGGCACUGAAGCACGUCCAGCAGUCCGGCAACCUGGCGACUACCGGGGGCGGUGCAGCGGGAAGCGCCGGUGGUGCAGGAAAUGCGGUUGCGGGCAGCGCAAACGUGUCAACUAAGACUGAAGGCCUGCGCGAAGAAGCUGAGGAUGCUACCAGCAAGGUGGAGCAGUGUCGGGACGCCCUGGCCGCAGAGAUGUUCGGCCUGAUCGGGAGGGAGCCCGAGUUUGCGCACCUUCUGGUCCAGUGGUACCAGCUACAGGCCGACCACCACCGACGGGCCCUGGCGCACAUUGACGCCGCCCUGCCCGGCCUCUGGGGUCUCAUCGGCAACUCCCCCCAGAAGCCGGUGUUUGGCUUUCCCCUGGAGGAGCACCUGCGGGUGAACGGGCGCCGCAUCGCCCUGGUGGUGGAGAAGUGCGCCGACUGCCUGCUCGCCUCCGGCAUGGACGAGGAGGGGCUGUUCCGCAUUACGGGUAGUGCUUCGAAGAUUAAAAAGCUCAAGAGCGCGUUCAACGCGGGUUUUGCUGACAUGAGCGAGUUUGAGAGGGACCCCCACACAGUGGCGAGUGUGCUGAAACUGUACCUGCGAGAGCUUCCCGAACCUUUGAUGACCUUUGCCCUGUACGAAGAAUGGAUGAAGGCUGCAAGCGUUCCCGAUGCCAGUGCUAGGCUGCAGGCUUUGUGGCAAGUGGUCAACAACCUUCCCCAGGCCAACCACGACAACCUCAGGUAUGUGGUGAAGUUCCUGGCUCGCCUGGUGGGCCACCGAGAGCAGAACAAGAUGAGCUCGCAGAACAUCGCCAUCGUCAUAGCCCCCAACCUGGUCUGGCCCAAGGAAGAGAACCAGUCCCAGCACAUGGGUGUCAACAUGGGCAUAGCCAACAUGCACAGCUCCAUUGUGGACACCCUGGUCAACUAUGCGGACUGGUUUUUCCCAGGAGAAGAAGACUUCUCCCCCUCCCCCACGAGGACCACUGCACCGACCGAGGGCCACCAGCUGACCCACCAGGCCACCACCAAUGGUGAUGUCGAUGGUCACUUGGCAGGUCCUGGAUCAGGCCUGACAGGUCAAAGCCCACGCAUCCCUCACCGGCUGGGCAAGAAGGCCGCACCCGCUGCUCCAAUGGUGCCACAGCCACGGGACCGCAGCUCCAUCAUCAUCGGGUCUGGCCAGUCGUCUAGUGCAGACAGCCGUGCCGGAGCAUCGCUGCCCACUGGUGGAGGAACCCUCGGCCGGCCACGGCCGGCGGCCAAACCGCAGAUCGCCGAGAAGCCAACCACGCUGCAACGCCGCUCCCUUGAGGGCGUCGUAGAGGGAGGAGCCACAGUCGCGGGAGGCACUUACUCGACCCUGUCCCUGGAACGCCGACCAGGGCGGCACCAGGUGGCAGGAGCCAUGAUGCGACCGCAGCCGUGCGAGCGGCCCUCUGUGCCCCCACCGGAGCGACCCAAGACCGGAAGCCUCGAGAGCGCGAAUCGGAACCACGCCCCGGAGGCCUCCGUGACUGCGUUGCAACCGUCGCCGCGAGAUGCCGAGAGGAACAAUGACGCAACCAAUUUGGGAAAUGGCCACGCUAACAGGAGUGGCCAGCAGCCUCAACAGCAACAGCAGCAACAAGCCCAUUACCCUGACAGUAGACUCGAGCACAGUGCAGAGAAGAUUCUGGCUAUGUCUGCAGACAGCGUGAUGUUUGUCGCAAGGAGCAACGAAAAUGGAACCACUGGCAGUAACAGUAGCAGCAGCAGCAGUAGCAUUGUUGAAGGUGCAGGGAGGAGGGAGGACCCUGGAAGGCGCAAUUCUGGUGAGAGGCCCUUGUCCCUGGACCAUCAGGAGAUGCUGUCAUUUGCAGACGAGUCUGACUCUGAAGACGGCAGUUCCAUUCUUGUGUCUCCCAACGGCAGUGGCUCUAAUGGACCAAAUGUCAUGUGGAAGUCAUGCAUUGCUAGCCUUCCUGGUGAUGAACAUGGUACUGGACCUGUCCUCCUCCGGCGUUCACCCUCCAAGACAAAUGGUGUAGCUCCAGAGCGUCCCCAGCCACUGCAGACAAUGUCUGGCUGCAGCGACGCAUCGUCAUUGCCCCGUCAAGCAGACGAUGCCCGCUGGAACUUUCUGACAGCAGCCGAAGAACAGCCAGUUCCUGAGCGACCGCCGAGGUCAAGUCCAUCGGCAGACACAUCAACGUCAACCUUUACGGGCAUGUCGGAGAUGAAACCAUCGAGGCAGUCGCCUGUCAUGGACGCAAUACACACUACAGGCCCUCCACCAGACCUCAUUACGUCUUCCGAACGACCAAAAUCUGAUCCAUCCUCCCCAACUAAGAGCAAGCUGGAAGGUGGUGCUCCCAGCCCUGUGCCGAUCAUGCCAGAAGCAACUCGUCUGUGACGUGCAACAGUCCAGCUUGAAAAACAUUGUUUGUUAUUACCCUUUCCUAUUCCUUUUCUCUCUGGGAGCUAGAUGCUUGCCAGGGGGCAUAAUUUUGUCUUCAGGAUGCUGUUGAACCUGUCUGCUGUUUUCGUUUACUGUCCUUUCAUCCAGAAGAACACUGGGAACUUUGACAUUUAUUUUGAUUAUUAUGUGCACAGGUACUGCUAUGCACAUUUCUUCUGAGGUGUCCUGCUGGUUUCGAGCUUGCUCAUGAUUGCAGCUCACGGGAUACCGGGAAUUAUUUUUCAUGGUCAAUUUUGUUCUUUCCUCAUGUGCAUUGUCAAGAAGCAAUGACAAGUUCUCUGGGCGUGCUUUUGAAAAUGCACUGAAGGUUUGUGUGCUUUUGUAAAGGUGCAACUUCCCAUGCUCUCUCAGGCGGGCUGACGACAUAAUAGCCUGCCGCUGUAGCAUGGCUUGUAUGGAACGACUGCCACUCUUUCUCUUUUCUCCCAAGUGCAAUCAAUGAAUCGUGAAUCAAUCACGGGUGUGCAACUCAAGGAGCACAGUCAUGGAAUGGUGCAAGAAGCAGGUCGGACCCAACAAAUGGAUGUGGCAUCAGAUGCAACUUCACGGGCUCGAGUAUAAUUUGUCGUUGAGCCGUGGUUGUUGUUAGUGUCAGUAAACGUAGUGGAUUCAAGCCCUCAGGGUGUUACUUCACAACCUUGUUUCAGAGGAAUUUUAGGUUAGAGUCUUGGUCGUUCGAGAGUACAGUCCUUGUUCGUUGGAUUAAGCAACUUUUGUAUCAGUACUGUGCUCUAAAAGCAAGCGAACGGAUCAGUUAUGCUAAUUGUGGCGAUUUCUCGUCACAAUCGGUCGUGCGGAUUGUACACAUUGAUUUUCUGGCGCUGUGUGAAGCUGUGUGGAAUCGUCUCACUUCAAAGUCAUAGCAGUCAACGUAUUGUCAUAACCACAUCUAGUUUGGCUCUGUAACCUUGUGUAAACUUUUGGACAAAGCAAUAUUGCCAAGUCAGCAUGCUGCAUAUAUACCAGUAUAUAAGGGGUGCUCAACAUGUUGCAACAUAGUCCUGGUUUUUUCCUCCUAUUCUGGCAGAUGUAUGCAGAGUUUAAUUGAAUGUUACAGGAAAUGCUUAGGCAUUGUACCAGGACUUUUAACACGCCCUGGUAGCUUUUCCAAAUGGAGAUCAUAAAAUCGUGAACCUCGUUGUCUUGUUGCUAUUGUCAUAAGGAAGACGCUUCUUAAACUGGCUGGUAGGAAAGUGCUAUCUACUGCAGUUUAAGGAAACUUAUACUGUAAUCGAAAAAUUGGAUCCACCAAGUAAAUUUGUUUGAAAUGGCUGCAGAUACAGCAAAAGAGAUGCAGCUAAAUUCUCAAUAUGAGCUUGCUUCUAAGGAAUGCUGAAAUCCAUUUCAAACUACAACAGCAGAUGUCUGCCGUUUUACAUGCAGGAUUGCAAGACUACUAUAACCUUUUGGACCCAUGAGAGAUUUAAAUUAAAAACAAAGUUAGUCAUAUGAAAGGCCCUGUAAUAAGAUGUUGUCAGUCUGAGCAAGCAUCUCAAGGACUGUUUUUCUACAUUUCGCUUCUUCAUAGUUUAGGAGCGGUCAGGUAUGCUUCCUCGUUGUGCUAGUGUGUUGUUACGUGGGUGCUUGCAUUGUUACUGUGAUUGUUUUAGAGUGUGUUAGCGCCAUUUGUUUCUGCACUCGCAUCUGUUGCGUUUGAUUCUCGUGGUGCAAGUUUUGCACAUGUGAGCCGGGUGACUUGAAUUUUAUCGAAGGGCAGAGUUUCUCCACGUGUGGUUCGCUGGUCCCUUUCUUCCUUUUUCCUCAAGACGGUCACAGUUUAGUCCAGGUCUCCGGCGACUCAAAUUUGUCAUUUUCGUUAAAGUACUAGCAUGUGAAUGUCCCAUGUGUCGUCUCUUCUAUGUUGGGAAUAGAUUCCGUCGUGCCCUUAUUUGCGAGAAAGUGUGUCAUUGAAUUAAAUCCAAGAAAGCGUUCAUUUAGACUGGGUGCGCAAUGCACACAGUGUUCUAAAGUUUACGCUUGUCUAUUUGUGUUUUGGUGCCAAGGCGGCGCAUUAAGAACAACUCUAAGUUAAGUCUUCUCUGGGUCCUCCUUUGACGGCCAACAAAGGACUGUGUUCCCGCCCUGUAUAUACAUUUUUUUCAACACGCAGUUCGUGUACUUCCUCGACCAUGGCAUGUAUGCUGCGUCAUUUCAAAUUCGGUUCUGUUGUCAUAAUGGAUGCUGCACGUUUUUGUUGAUUCCACAUUGGGCCUCUUGUACACCGAAACCAUGAUGACGCUAGUCAUCGAGAGAGUGAUAAUGGUCUUGCUGUCAAAGUUUUGUGUUGUUCCUGUCCAAAGUGUGCUUUCCUUUUCUUCCUUUAGUCCAUCUAAGCAGAGCUUGGGAAUGUAAAUUUUCUUAAAUCGGCAGAGCCUAUUUAGAAACCUGACUGAUAAGCUGACUUUCAGUGGUGAGAUCCACAGACAGUAACCUGCUAUUCGGCUAAUAUUCUUUUUUUUUCUGUUGCUUUAUUUUUUAUUUACAGAAUAAGGGCUUCUGUUAUUGUCAGGUGGAUGACUGUGCAGUUGUUGGCUUUCAUGAUCAUUUUGCACCAACCAUGUAUGCUUGUUUGACACACUGUUCUUUUUUUUUUUUUUUUUCUCGUGAGGAUCAUAGAGGUCCUUGUGUUGAUUGCCCUUGUAUUUGUUCCUUCACUUUCAGUUUUACGUACAUUGCAAUGCUAGUCAUCGAAACGUCGUGAUGCAAAUUGUUCUUCCUGGCGAGCAGGAUGUGCUCACCGCAGGCAGUUUGUUAUCAUAGUUGAACUGCCGAACAAAAUGUCUGAUCCAACUUAACAAGCUGCUUGUCGCUAGGUUGGAGCCUCGUGCAGUUUUAUGUGGAAUCACAAGUGUGAAGAAAAUGGGAGAACAUCUGUGUGUGUGUGUGGGCUUGAUUAUCCUUCUUUUGUUAAAAUGUUGCACCAGUGUAUCACAAGUGCGCCAUUUUCUUUUUUGUCAUACACAUGUGACGGAAGGUGACGCAAAUGCUGUUGCUAUUAAAAUUGUUUGAAAGUUA